ACGUUAAAGUUCACCUGCCCUCACUUGGAAGUUUGAUGAAAAUCUGGACCAAAUAUAGUAAUGACCUCAUCAAACUGCGGUGUUACCACUUUACGGCUGGACAGCCAAACCGAACGGGCUUCAGUUCACCUCUUGCCCUGUGAGAUUGAGUAUGACGGGGCCGCAGAGGUGUCCCAGUUUUUCACAGCCACCAUCAAAGAUCGAAAACAUGAGAAAACUGUGUCAUUCCGGGGACGUGGUUUGAAAGGUCAGGAGGUCAUCUGUCCACAGGGCUACUCAGGCCUUGUGCUGAGAGAGGUCAACAAACCAGGCUCAGACCAGGAGGACAGGAAUGUGAAGGUGUCCUCAGUGUUUCAGAAAUUCACGUACUGGAACCUUGAGACACUGCCCAACUCGGAUGACGGCAUUGUCAUGGCAAUGGCCUGGCCGGAUCUGGCAGAUGCGAUACAUGGACCAGUGGAUGACUAAGAUGGAGAAACCAAGAAAUAUCAAAUUAUUCCCUGCCCUUCUGCUGCCGUUUGAAGACCGAAAGCACUUUGGUUGUGGCUGGCAGUCGUUGCCUAGUUUGGGAAAAUAGGAAUGGACAAAAUAGGCAGAACACUCCUCAUUCCCGAUCUGUUUCAAAUCCAUAGAGUUGGUUCUUGUGACUUCAGUAACAUUUUAUUUUUGUUUAAUUCUGUAAACAGUUAUAUUUGAAAACAUUUUGAUUCAGAUUGUGUUGAAGUCAUUUAUUAAACAGUAUGUCAGUGG